GAGAAGAUGCCUGCUAUGAGGCUGGUCACCUGCUUCCUGCAGCUCCUGGCUGGGCUGGCACUGCCCGCUGUGCCCCCCCAGCAGGUGGCCUUGUCUGCUGGGAACAGUUCAUCAGAAGUGGAAGUGGUGCCCUUCCAGGAGGUGUGGGGCCGCAGCUACUGCCGGGCCCUGGAGAGGUUGGUGGACAUUGUGUCUGAGUACCCCAACGAGGUGGAACACAUGUUCAGCCCAUCCUGCGUCUCCCUGCUGCGCUGCACAGGCUGCUGUGGGGACGAGAACCUGAACUGUGUGCCCGUGGAGACAGUCAACAUCACUAUGCAGCUCCUGAAGAUCCGCUCUGGGGACCCACCUUCCUAUGUGGAGUUGACAUUCUCUCAGCACGUGCACUGCGAGUGCAGGCCUUUGCGGGAGAAGAUGAAGCCAGAAAGGAGGAGACUCAAGGGCAGGGGGAAGAGGAAGAGAGAGAAGCAGAGACCCACAGACUGCCACCUGUGCGGUGAUGCAGUCCCCCGGAGGUAACCAGCCCCUUGGAGGAGAGAGACCCUACUCCCGGCUCCUGUAUUUAUUACCGUCACACUCUCAGUUAC